CCCGAGCCCUGAGAGAGCUAUCAUUAUAUUGUACACAGCUACAAUUGAAUUGCCUUGAACCUCUCAUUACCUCAACUGCGCCUGAUAUUCUUGCGACUAGAUCCAGUCUGUCCUCAUUAAUUGACAGAAAUCUCCGCUUUGCAAACGCGAUUUGUCAGGCGCCCCUCUCCGGCGGAAACCACGGCGGAAACCAGAACCUCAAGGUGGAGCAAGAAGCGCAAACGCAUAAAUAAUCAUUGAUGGCCUUUGCGGCGCCCGCUUUUGGCUCGCCUCUUUUCUCUCGGAUUGCCCGUCAUUUUUCGACUACAUCGCCUUUUCUGGCUCUGAGCACACCUUCCACUUUGCGCAACAUGUCGACCAACACGCAGACGGCCACGGUGGCUGCCGGUUGUUUCUGGGGUGUGGAGCACCUCUUCCGCAAACACUUCGGCAAUGGAAAAGGUCUCUUGGAAGCCAAGGUCGGCUACUCCGGUGGACACAGCGCGUCCCCCUCUUAUCGUGCUGUGUGCACGGGUGAGACUGGUCACGCCGAGGCCCUGCAGAUAACGUUCGAUCCAUCGAUUGUCAGCUACCGCUCCCUUCUAGAAUUCUUCUACCGCAUGCACGACCCCACCACUCUAAAUCGCCAGGGCGGCGACAUUGGCACACAAUACCGCAGCGCGAUCUUCACGCACGGCGAGGAACAGGAUAAGAUUGCGCGGGAGGUGACGGACAAGGUUUCCCAGGAAUGGUAUAAGCAGCCGGUGUCGACCGCAAUCGUGGCCGCAGGCCAGUGGUGGGAUGCUGAAGAGUACCAUCAGCUGUAUUUGACCAAGAACCCUGCUGGUUAUGAAUGCCCUGCUCACUUCGUGCGGUCGUUCCCUCCACUUUCUGCGUGAGUGGCGUAUAAGAUUUAAGAUAUGAGAUAUGUUGUCAUGCCCAGGUGUAUAAGAAAGUCCUGUCAGCUAAGCUGCAUUCAAUGAAAAAGGAAAUUGUGGUUCGUGGAUACAUUGGGAAGGAGGAGAGACUCUUUUCUAGCUGCCCUCUGUAGAUUCUUUUUGGGGUUGGUGCUGAUAUGCUCAACAAGUAGGAUCAUAUGUGCUAGCUACCAUUUUCCAGUGCUGGCUGAGGACUCAGACGCUUGAGAUGUAUUCAGUCGAGUCUUUUU